ACAGCCGAGCACUCUACCGCUGCUCGCUCAGCUGAAACACCGCAGAAGGUCUCCCUGUGGUAGCCGGUUAGCAUCAUGACCAACGUUGUGGAUACCAAGCUAUACGACAUUCUCGGUGUUUCGCCGUCUGCCUCUGAAAAUGAACUAAAGAAGGCCUACCGCAAACUGGCCAAAGAAUACCAUCCUGACAAGAACCCAGAAGCUGGAGACAAGUUUAAAGAGAUCAGCUUUGCAUAUGAAGUACUGACAAACCCAGAAAAGAAGGAGCUGUAUGACCGCUAUGGAGAACAGGGUUUGCGGGAGGGCGGAGGUGGAGGGCCUGGCAUGGACGACAUCUUCUCCCAUAUUUUUGGUGGAGGAUUGUUUGGUUUCAUGGGCGGACAGGGCAGAGGACGAAACGGAGGCAGGAGGAGAGGGGAGGAUAUGGUUCAUCCUCUAAAAGUUUCUCUUGAAGACCUCUAUAAUGGCAAAACCACCAAACUGCAGCUUAGUAAGAACGUGCUCUGUGGUGCCUGUAGUGGUCAGGGGGGAAAGGCAGGAGCAGUGCAGAAGUGUGUGGCGUGUAGAGGACGAGGCAUGAGAAUCAUGAUCAGACAGCUGGCCCCUGGAAUGGUCCAACAGAUGCAGUCAGUCUGCACAGACUGCAAUGGAGAAGGCGAGGUGAUAAAUGAGAAGGACCGCUGCAGAAAGUGUGAGGGUCAUAAGGUGUGCAAGGAGACCAAGCUUCUGGAGGUGCACGUGGACAAGGGCAUGAGACACGGACAGAAGAUCACAUUCAGUGGUGAAGCUGACCAAGCACCGGGCGUUGAACCAGGAGAUAUAGUCCUGGUGCUGCAAGAGAAAGAACAUGAGGAAUUUCGCCGUGAGGGCAGUGACCUUCACAUGGUCCAGCGCAUCGGCCUGGUUGAGGCUCUUUGUGGCUUUCAGAUGACUGUCACACACCUGGACGGACGUCAGUUGCUUGUCAAAUACCCACCUGGCAAGGUCAUCGAGCCAGGUUGUAUUCGAGUGGUGAAGGGAGAGGGAAUGCCUCAGUACAGAAAUCCUUUUGAGAAAGGAGACCUUUACGUCAAGUUUGACGUCCAGUUCCCUGAAAACAACUGGAUCAGCCCUGAAAAACUCAACGAACUAGAGUGCCUGCUACCCGCUCGGGCUGAGACUCCAGUCAUUGCGGCUGACGCAGAGGAGGUGGACCUGACCGAUUAUGACAGAAGUCAAGGGUCAGGAGCUGGAGCCAGGAGAGAGGCCUACAAUGAUAGUUCUGAUGAGGAAGGUGGCCAUCACGGCCCGGGGGUGCAGUGUGCACACCAAUAGACAGAAGCAUAAACACACGAACAGCCCUCGAGUCUCAUCGCUAAUACCAUUCAAGACUUGAUGCUCAUACAUGCACACCUCUCUCCUUCUCAUGAUCCCAAUGAGGAGGAGAGAUCCACACAUCCAUACACAUGUAUAACAACCCUCCUCAGUUCCACGGUGCCCAUAAGUUAGAGAGAUGCGAGGUGUGAUGACCAUUUCUUUUUUGUGUGUAUGGAUAGUAUGGUCUCAUUCUCAGAGGUUCAUUGAAUGAACUUGAGCCGGACCCCUCCUCAUUUUCAUCCUAGGCUUUUUACCUUCCACUGUGGGAAACACCAGUCUAGUGUAUAAAAUGCAAAUAUUGUUGAUUAUCUUGUAUAAGGUGUAGUUUAGUCUCUCAAACACAAACGCAUGCCGCUUCUCGCCGAACAAUCUUGCACAUGUUAGAUCCAGGGUUCAGACACCAGAGAGUUUUGACUCCCACCCCCUGUUUUAUUAAAUGUCAGUGUGUCACUGCUAUCAGAGUGUCCUGCUUUCAUAAGAGCCUGAUCUGAUUACAGUCCGAAAAGCGUUUCCUCCGCACAGCAUUUUAAACCCCACCUCAUCCCUCAACAUCAAGUCACAGAUUUUGAAAAUGGGGGACUUGCUGGUUCCGUUCAGUCCGCCGUUGUUGCAUUGCUAGAAUAUUAAAGCCUUGAGUACAGCACCUGUUAAAGAGGUGUCAUUAUUGUUUCUUAGUUUAGAUAUUGUUUGCUUGUUUUUUUUGUUGUCGUCGUCGUUGGUUUGAAUGUCAGUGUGUCCAUGACCACAGAACUUGAAGCUAAUUAUACUCUUCAAUUAAGCUGAGGACACACUUGUGUAUUUUGUACUUGGGCUGCACAAUAUUAGGAAAAGCUGCAAUAUGCAAUAACAUUGAAUAUUGCAAUAAUGAUGGGUUGCGAUAAACAAAUACUAAAGUAUAUGGUGUUAUUGUCUUUCUGCAAACAGACUUGCACAGUGAGUAGCUUAUACAGACACUGAAAAGAGGAAGAAAAUGCAUUCUGUCGGUUUCAAAAACAUCCUUACAGCAUAAAGGGUAUUUAAGUUGUCUCAGCAACUACAGUGAGAAGAAGAAAACAAACAUUAUCUACCUUUAUGAGCAGUUCUUGACCAGACAAAAGUAGCACGAGGAACAUUCUACAUUUAUCACAGUUCAAGCACUUUGUAUAUAUCUUUUGCGAUAUUUAUAUUGCGUGUUAGCGCACAUUUUCGAUGUAUUGUGCAGCCCUGCUUCUACAUGUGUUAUGCAGUGGCUCAGUGUGGAAGCUGUGGUGAAAUGUCCUGGUUCAGCUUUGUUUUUGGACUGCAGUGUGAAUGGACAAUAUUUAGGCUCAAUUAAAGGAGGAGGGGAAACGUGAAUGUUUAUUUGCGCAGAAUCACCCAGGUCGAUGGUAUUUUUUUUCUUUCUGCACACCAGACUCCAUAGAUCCUCCUCUCAUGCUGAGAAACCACUGGGCCAACACCAAACCCCCUCUGUAUUUCAUUUCACUCUUUCUCUCCAUUGUAGAUUUGUUAGCGUUAAACAUUUUAAAAUAUUCUCAUCCCCGAUAUACGUGUAAAUAAAUACAGCCCCAGUCCAUAGGUGCUUUUAUAGAAAAAGUCUACAGUGGUGUCCGCCCCUCACAUUAUUUCUCAGUCAUAAAGUCGGUCAUUAACAAUAUAUUAUGUUCCUAAAAAAGGAGUAAGAGGAACCUCUGUAGACUUUUUAACCUGCACCUGUGUGACUUUUAUUUAAAUUAGGCCACAGGGGAUUCAUAUGUACACAAGUAAAAUUUGGUCAUUGAUAAAUGAUGUUACUGUUGAUGCUUAUGUUUGUCAAGAUGAUAAUUAAACUGUAUAAUAAACAGUCACAACAA